AUGGGCAAGGAAGAGGACCGGUUCACUCCGGUUCAUGAGGGACACCGUGAACCGCUGUUUGUGACCAGGAGGAGAACCGGAGGAGUGAUUGCCUUCCGGGUUUUCGCGGCCUCUGUUUUCGGGUGUAUCUGCUGGAUUUGGUUCUACCGAUUCACCGUACCGGUAGAGAUUGAUGAGAACCGGACCGGUUUCGCUCGAUUAAUCUGGUUGGUUAUGCUUAGUUUGGAGAUUUGGUUCGGUUUGUAUUGGGUAAUCAUACAAUCUCUCCGGUGGAAUCCGGUUUCCCGACUCACCUUCGCCGAUAGACUCUCCCGUAGCUACGGAAGCGAUCUCCCAAGGCUCGACGUUUUCGUCUGCACGGCGGAUCCGGUGAUUGAGCCGCCGUUGAUGGUGGUCAACACAGUCCUAUCUGUGGCGGCUCUCGAUUACCCGCCUGACAAACUCGCCGUGUAUCUCUCGGACGACGGUGGCUCUGAGCUCACGUUCUAUGCUCUCGCGGAGGCAGCUGAGUUUGCUAAAGUUUGGGUUCCGUUCUGUAAGAAAUUCAACGUUGAGCCGAGAUCUCCUGCGGCUUACUUGUCUUCCAAGGCAAACGGUCUGGACUCUGCUGCUGCUGCUGCGGAGGUGGCUGAGCUGUAUAGAGAAAUGGCGGCAAGGAUUGAAACGGCGACGAAACUCAGGCGAGUACCAGAAGAGGCGCGGUUGAAGUACGGUGAUGGGUUUUCGCAGUGGGAUUCUGACGCUACUCAAAGAAACCAUGGAACCAUUCUUCAAAUUUUGGUAGACGGAAGAAAAGAUAAAACAGUGACAGUACCAACAUUGGUGUAUCUAUCGAGAGAGAAGAGACCUCAGCAUCAUCACAACUUCAAGGCUGGAUCCAUGAACGCAUUGAUAAGGGUGUCAUCAAAGAUCACGUGUGGGAAAUUCAUACUAAACCUGGACUGUGAUAUGUAUUCAAACAACUCAAAGUCAGCACGCGACGCACUCUGCAUCCUCCUUGAUGAGAAAGAGGGCAAAGAGAUUGCUUUCGUGCAGUUUCCGCAGUGUUAUAAUAACGUUACAAGGAAUGAUUUGUAUGGAAGCACCAUGCUAGUAAUAGCUGAUGUGGAGUUUAAUGGACUUGAUGGAAAUGGCGGACCGUUAUACGUUGGGACUGGCUGCUUUCACAGAAGAGAUGUCAUCUGUGGAAGAAACUAUGGAGUGGAAGAAAAAGAAUUCGAGGAAAUUCAAGAAGUUUCAGAGCCUGAGAUGAUUAAGGGUCUCGCGAGCUGCACUUAUGAUGAAAACUCUUUAUGGGGAAAAGAGAUGGGUUUGAAAUAUGGUUGCCCGGUAGAGGAUGUAAUAACCGGUUUAGCAAUUCAGUGUCGUGGAUGGAAAUCGGCGUACCUGACCCCAAAGAAGAAAGCUUUUGUUGGGGUAGCACCGACCAAUUUACAUCAGAUGCUUGUGCAGCAGAGGAGAUGGUCGGAAGGAGACUUUCAGAUUCUGCUCUCAGAGUAUAGUCCGGUUUGGUAUGGCCAAGGGAAGAUCGGUUUGGGACUGAUACUUGGUUAUUGUUGCUAUUGCCUUUGGGCUCCAAGUUCAGUACCUCUGCUUGUUUACUCUGUUUUGACUUGUCUCUGUCUCCUCAAAGGCAUUCCUCUGUUUCCAAAGGUCUGGAGCUCGUGGUUUAUCCCGUUUGGAUACGUGACUGUAGCAGUGAAUGCGUAUAGCCUAGCCGAGUUCUUGUGGUGCGGAGGGACGUUCCGGGGAUGGUGGAAUGAGCAAAGGAUGUGGCUUUAUAGAAGAACAAGCUCAUUUAUUUUCGGAUUCAUCGACACGAUUCUGAAGAAACUUGGGGUAUCGGAGUCUGCGUUUGUGAUCACAGCGAAAGUAGCAGAAGAAGAGGCAGCAGAGAGAUACGAGAAAGAGGUAAUGGAGUUUGGAGUGGAGUCUCCGAUGUUUGUCCUCCUGGGAACACUCGGGAUGCUCAAUCUCUUCUGCUUCGCCGCCGCAGUUAUGAGACUGAUGACUUUCAGAGACGGUGGAGAUUUUCAGACAAUGGGUUUGCAGUUUGUGAUAACAGGACUAAAUGUGGCUAUAAACUGGCCUUUGUACCAAGGUAUGUUGUUGAGGCAAGACAAAGGGAAGAUGCCAAUGAGCGUGACAGUUAAAUCAGUUGUCUUUGCUUUAUCAGCGUGUACCUGUAUCGCAUUUAUGUAA